UGGGAUCAUGUCACCAUGGACGAUCAAGAACUGGGGUUCAAGGCUGGAGAUGUCAUCGAAGUGAUGGAUGCAACCAACAAAGAGUGGUGGUGGGGACGGAUCUUGGAUGGUGAGGGCUGGUUUCCUGCCAGUUUCGUCAGGGGCUACAUCAAACAGUGCCGCAAGCGGGCGGACAUGUUCACAGAAGAGCAGCUAAAGACAAUCUUUGGGAACAUCGAGGAGAUUUACAAGUGCCAGAAAAAGUUUGUGAAGGCCCUAGAGAAGAAGUUCAACAAGGAUCAUCCCCACCUGAGCGAGCUUGGCUCCUGCUUCUUGGAAUAUCAAAAUGAUUUCCAGAUCUACUCAGAAUACUGCAACAACCACCCCAAUGCCUGUGUGGAGCUUUCCAAGCUUGCCAAAGUCAACAAGUAUGUGUACUUCUUUGAAGCCUGCCGGCUGCUUCAAAAGAUGAUUGACAUCUCCCUGGAUGGUUUCUUGCUGACCCCAGUACAGAAGAUCUGCAAGUACCCCCUGCAGCUGGCUGAGCUGCUCAAGUACACCAAUCCCCAACAUAGGGAUUUCAAAGAUGUAGAAGCUGCCUUAAAUGCAAUGAAGAACGUAGCCCGGCUUAUCAACGAGAGGAAGAGGAGACUCGAAAAUAUAGAUAAAAUUGCUCAAUGGCAGAGUUCAAUAGAGGACUGGGAGGGUGAAGAUGUCCUUGCCAGAAGCUCUGAACUCAUUCACUCGGGUGAAUUAACCAGAAUCUCCCAACCCCAAGCCAAGAGCCAGCAGAGAAUGUUUUUCCUCUUCGACCACCAGCUCAUCUACUGUAAAAAGGACCUUCUCCGGAGGGACAUCUUGUACUACAAGGGCCGAAUCGACAUGGAUGACAUGGAGAUCGUGGACUUGGAAGAUGGAAAGGACAAAGACUUUAACAUCAGUGUCAAAAAUGCCUUCAAGCUCCAUUGCAGCUCCACUGAUGAAAGCCAUCUCUUCUGUGCUAAGAAACCUGAGCAGAAAUUGCGCUGGCUCAAGGCCUUUGAGAAUGAGAGAAAACAAGUCCAAUUGGACCAAGAGACAGGCUUCUCCAUCACAGAGGUACAGAAGAAACAGGCCAUGCUCAAUGCAAACAAACAACAGUCCAGUGGGAAACCCAAAGGUGAGUGAAGAGCCACCGUGAACCGGCCUUACUAUGACUUCCUGAUGCGCCAGAAGCAUCCCACGUUGCCUGCCAACCUUCCACAGCAGCAGGUCUUCAUGCUGGCUGAACCCAAGCGGAAGCCAUCAAACUUCUGGCAGAAUAUCAGCAGGCUGACCCCCUUCCGCAAGUGACCAGCUGGAGGGGGUGGCCCCUGUGCCCGUGCCUCAACAUCUCCCCCCUCCUCACCCCUUCCAAUAAAGCACUUUAAGGAUCAGCCC